UAUACAAAGUCGCAUAGUUCGCGGGAACCGCGUACGCGCCGUCUGUCUUUUUUGCGGUGUGCGAUCUCCGGUCGGCGUUUCGUCGGAGCGUUGUUGUUUUUCGUUUUGUGAUUGUGACCUGACUGACGUUCUCUGGUUUGUGACCUGUGUGCGGGUGUAUGGAACUUGUAACCCAAAUCCAUUUUAAAUGCUGAAGAUUGUGAAAGUAAGCGGAUUUUAAUCCUGGUGAUCCGAUGAAGUGAACCCCACGAGGUGCACAAUAUGUCACGUUUCAAAAGCCGCGCAGCUCCGCUGCUCCUGCUGAUGUUAGCAUUGGCCAGAGCCCACCCGGAGUGCGGCGGCACCUUCACCGCAGUGCGCGGCGUCCUGCAGACGCCGGGCUUCCCGAAACCCUUCCCCGUGCCAAUCCACUGCAAAUGGAUCAUCGACGCGUCCCAUCUGUCGACCGACAAAACUUCCAUCGUCGUCUAUCUAACGCAGCUCUUCGUCUUCGGCGGCCUCACGUUCACCGACUACGUCUUCUACGACAGGAACUUCCCCGUCAUGGGCAAGGUGCUGCACAAAGUCAACGAGACGAACGUGAUCCAGGCGCGGUGGGUCAGGACGAAUCUCACCUAUUUGGUGAUCGAGCUCGAUCUGGAGAGCGACGUCGGCGAACAUCUGCGUGUGCUCGACAACUUCCUGGACGUGUACGGGUUCAAUAUCACGUACGAGAUAACGGACGGUGGCAUCAGACCGAAUUCCUGCACCAUGAUGACGUGCGGAUUCACCGGGAUUUGCUACGACCAUUUCAAUAAAUUUUCCUGCGAUUGCUUCGACGGUUAUACAGGACCUCAAUGUUCGGACGGGCCGAAAUCCCUGUGCUACAAUAACGGCGUCCCGACGUGCAAAAACAACGCGACCUGUGUACACUGCGGGACUCCGGCGAUAAUAUGUCACUGUAAAGAGGGAUACGCGGGCCGUACAUGCGAGAACCGCGUGCCCGCAUCGCCGAAAAGAGGCUGCAACAAUUGCCCGAUACAGUGUCCCAAUGAGAAGGGCAAUUCCAAAACCGGCUCGAAUGAUAUGAUUGGUUAUUCGGCAACGAUGCACUUAUCCAACUUGCCGAAUCAGGACGACUCGAAGCUCCAGAACUACAUAAAGAUCCAGCUUUUACGGGCCAUAAGGAGUAACUUCUCCAAGGUGGAUAACGUCUCGAUCGACAGCGUGAACCAUUUCAUGUCUGGCGUCGACGUGGCAUUCCAUUUUUAUUGGCUGAAGAGGGAGGAGAAGAAGGUCAGAGCUGUAUUAAGCAAGUGGGUGGAGAAAGGAUACUUCGGCAACAUAACUGUAUUAGACAAGGAGCUCCAAUUAAGGACCGUACUAUCGAUUCAGAGUUUCACCGUGAACCAACCGGGAAUAUUGAGGCGAGGCGACGAAGUAAUCUUGUCCUGUGUGGCACGGGGAUCUCCCAGCAUGACUUUCAGAUGGUUUAAGGAACAUCUCUCUAUAAAUGUGACUUCUGAGAGUCAUAAGUGGACCAGAUUGAUUAAGGAUCCGCACGUGCAGGAUCAAUACACCGCCCUGUUGGCCGUGCAAAAGGCCGACUACUUGGACGACGGCCUUUUUAUUUGUCAAGUCGAGGACUUCAACGUGCAGCAGUGCAUGUCGCACAGAAUACAAGUGGGCAAACCGCCCAACAUUAAAAUUGAACCGAUGAGUAUCACAGUGCAAAAAGGCGAAAACUUUACCAUAAAAUGCAUCACCCAGGACGACACGAACGGCAGGAUAUUUAAUUACAUUUGGACAAAAAGUAAAACGCUACUGCCUGUGAAAACCGACACCGAAAGAUACGAAGUUUUAUAUCCUUCUGGGUCUAUACUGCAAAUAUUCAACGCCGAGAGAGACGUGCAGUAUUCCUGCAAGGUGCAGGACGGAUCCACCCUGUCGUCCGAAAAAGUGGUGAACGUAUACGUGGUGAACAAAAUCGAGGUGGGCACGUGUCCGAGACACGUGUACCUGAACCAGUCGUGGCCGGAGACGGCGCCGCAUUACGGCACCGUGCAGCCGUGUCCCGAGGGAUACGCCGGCACCGUGUACCGCGGCUGCAUCCUGAGGGACGGCAAAAAUCCGUCGUGGGACACGCCGGACUUCUCCCAGUGCACCCACAAUAAACUGGUGCGGCUACAGAAGCUGUUGGAACUUUUGAAAUUGGGUUACGUGAGCAUGUCUCCUGAGCGGCUGUUCCAAACGAUACUGAAGCAGCUACAAAUUACGAAGUCCCUGCUUCCAGGCGAGGGUGCCAGACACUUGGCCAUUAUCAACGAAAUGCUGGACUACUUGAGGAGGUCCAGAAGUUCCAUUAACAGCUUGACCAACUUGACGCUCGCCUCCAUCGAUCGGAUACUAAUGGACAGAAACUCGUUGCUCAAUCAGACGCACGUGCAAAUGGUACCGCAAGUACUGGAGACCUACUUGGAGAUUUUCACUCCGGUUUUAAUAGGGAACGAGUCCUCCAGUCAAAUUACUUACCCAACUUUGGGUAUAACUUUGCUGAAUCUGACUUGCAUUAAUGAACGCAAUUUUUACAUCCCGCCUUUGGGUGUUAACAAUGACGACUUGAAAGGAAUUACCAUCGACGGGAGGUUUUUACUUGAAAAGGACAAGGAUAAGAAUAAUAUGCUUACAAUGACUGUGUAUAAAAACAUUUCUGUAUUUUUACCUCCGCGAUCAUAUUUACGUAUAAAGGACGGCUCGGAAAUCCAGUACGAAAUCGUGUCGGAUGUUCUGACAUUCGAGAGCGACGCGAAGAUUAAUUCGUUGCAGAUCAGCUUCCCGGCGCGGACGUCGACGUCCCGUCACGACAAUUACAGCGCGUCGGACGUGUGGAGCGUCAGGUGCGCGUCCGCCGACGUCGCCUCCUUCACCUACACCUGGGACAUAUACAGCUGCAAGACGCAAACCCUCGACGACGCGACGGUUCAGUGUGACUGUCCCUACUCCGAGACCGUCGCUCUGCUACUGACAACCACUCCGUUGAAGAGCUCUGCCAGUGACGAAGACGAUCCUCGAAGAUACGUGUUGAUUGGUGGUUGUUCCCUUUGUAUGGCUCUGGCUCUUUUCACGACUGCUUGUUUGGCCACUUCCUGCUGGAUGCAACGGCUGACCUGUCUUAUUUUCCUCAAGCUGCAGUGUUCCCUGUCGAUUUUCUGCAGUGCUCUACUCUUUACGCUGGCUACUGUUACGGGACCAUCGAAGAUUUACUACAUAUAUUUUAUAACAUCCCUGGAGACUUUUAUACUUUUGGCGUUAUCCAGUCAUUUGAGCAAACUUUUGAUAGUUUUUACUGAACUUGUCCAUUUGCCUCGACCAGUUACCUCCAAAGAGACCGUAAUCGGAAUAAUUUCAGGAGUUCCUAUUAUCACAGUAUUCGGCAGUCACAUCGCAUACCGAACAAUGGAUAUUAAAUUGUCCUCGUGGUGGAUGAUCGUCAAUUCAUUCUCGUUCAACCUGUACGUUACUGUGAUUGCAAUUAUAACGCUUCUGUUCAUAUUCGUUUAUGUCACCGUAAUGAAAAAGCUCCGGGUUUUGGCGCAGCAACAUGCGAAACACGAAAAGUCCAUCAACAAAAGGGCCGCAUUAUUGAGAAGGUCAGCAUGCCUUUUCACGGCAAUUUCAAUCCUGUCAAUCAGCAGCAUAGUUUAUGUGAACAAACCGCACCCGAUUUGGUCGUUGUACCAAUUUGCCGGGGCCAAUGUUGUUUUGGGGGUGGUUUUGAUUGUGUGUUACGUAAUAAGAGGCGAGACCGAAUUCCACAGUCUGUUCCACGCUACUUCGAAGCUAAACAAAGACGAUAAGUUCUUCAGUGUGGACUCCACAAGUAGUCCUUUGAAUUUCUUAGCAAAACAGGAAGCGGAAGUGGAAAAUGAGUCGGGCAUUCUGGCGAAACCGGACAUCCAUCCGGGGAGUUCGACACGUGUCCCCGACCGCAUGAUGGACACCAUCUGCAAGCCGCAGGGCAUGUCCACAUUCGAAACUCGCACUCAAAACAGCACCAGCUUCUGCGAUGCCGACGCGCAGCUCGCCUCCGAGAAGCUGGAGUGUUACAGCAGCAGCCCCCAGCAAUUUCGUAAGUUCGCCUCCAACUCCCACCAUUCCCCGGACAUUUUGGCCAGCAAGGUUUGCGUGGAACUGGACUUGGUCGCGUCCGUUCAAAACAAGCUGCAAACCGCCUCACCGACGAUACACUGCAGGCGAACGACCUUCUCUAAUCUUCCGGAAGAAGCCAUCACGAAAAUCCUUGAGACUGGACUUCAGAGUGAGCCAAGGACUCAGCCGGACGGCCACGAAAAUAAAGUAGUCGCGGUCACCGAUUUGGACGAAAUUCCGCCACCGCCUCCGCCCCCCAGUGCUGACAAAUUGGACGGUAUGUUGGACAGAAUUUGUCACGAUCUAGAUUUUUUGCUGAACAGGAGUGGUGAGGUGGUGGAACUGGAAGAAAACGUUGUGUCAACUUCUAGCCUGAGAAGAAUUUCCAAGCCUCCCAGUUUGAGUGUGAUCCACCAGAUCAAGGAGGAAGAGGAAAGUCAGGAAUUACAGGAGCCCAUUACAGACAUUUUACGAACUGAGUGUUGAAUAAUUUUAUACAAAAGUAUGAAUAUUGAGUUCCAAUAUUACAGGGUAUUUUGUUACUGAGGAUGUUUGUUAAUUUUCUUAAGAGUUUUAUAUAUUUUGUUGACCAAUUUUAACUAGAGUUUGUUUAAAAUGGUUAUUAAUGAUAGAUUCCAAUAUAUGUACAAGAAAUUAUCGGGUAGUUUCUACAUAUGAUAUGUGGUAAAUUGGCAAUCAAAAUUUAUAUUUGUUUUUUUAUAAAAAUUUUUAUUUUCAUUUAGAAACUGUAAAAUAAAUGAAUGAACAAUGAAUGUUGCAAUAUCUUACGAACAAUUUUGUAUUUUGUGCCUUAUUGUACAUAAUAAAUGUUUUCAUUUUACUAAAUUGUU